GCUGCCUGGAGAAUUGGGUAACUGGAAGAGGAGAUCCAUGCUCAACGGCGUUGCUCCUUGCUGCUGUGCCACGCCCUGCCCCGCAGAGGGUAGCGGUCUCCAUGCCGGAGAGAUAGUUCUACCUCCGGUGUCCUGCAGAACGUGAAGCGUCUUGCCCCUGCCCACCAGGACCAGAAUGAAGGGGCUAUUUCUAGCAGUUUGGUUCUUCAUUGUGCCGACCAGAUGGGCGGCACCAAAGAACAGCAGUGCCAGACCUGAGAUCCCCCACGAUUCUAUGGAUCAACCCAUCCUGAAUCCUCUGCACCCAAGCCAAGUUUCUCUAAAGAUGCUCCAAGACUAUCUGGAGAACAUUGGGCAGUUGAAUGGGGGUGCUGCUACCAUGACAAGGGAACAGGCGCUCUUGCUUCUCUUUGCUCUCCAUGACUAUGACAAAAGUGGGCACUUGGAUGGUCUGGAAUUCAUGAGACUGCUGAGUGAAUUAGUGUUCCAACAGGGAAAAGAACAGCCUGCACCUGACACGGUAGUACCAAUGGUGGACAGUAUCUUGGAGACUCAGGACUUCAACUGGGAUGGACUACUGGAGCCUUUAGAGUUAUUUCUUCCUCCACGGCAAGGAGAGAAACCAAACUUCCUUACUGCUGUUAGUGAAGAAGAUGGUCCAGUCCUGUGGGCACUUCCUAAGCCAAAUGAAGCAGCCAUUGGUUUCCCAGGUCCCUCCGAACAACAAAGUAAUGGAGACUCCCCACCUGAACCAGCAGUUCAGGAACAAGACAUGAUGGGUGACCAAUUGUGGAGCCUGGAGAAGCAUGGGGGAGAGCUCAGCCAGGAAACCGCAGGAGACCCAGAUCAACAAGGGGAAGAGAUGCCCUCUGCUCCAGGAGAUUGAAAUACACCCUGUAUAUAACCUUAGGUGAUUAGCCAAGAAGUGAGAACUGAAGGCCUCUAGGUCAAUUUCAGAAAUGGAAUGCAGAUAAUCACCUCUUUCCCAACAUUUCCUUCUGGGUUCCCACCCCUUCUGUUUAUCAAAGCAAAACAGAAUAGGAUUGAUUCCCUGUUCAGUCAACUCCGCUGUACCCUGUUAUCUAAAGACAGCCCUUUUCCAGCUUUCAAGGGAUAUAUACCCCAGAACUUGAGAAACAGAAGUCACUAAAAACUUCUCCUCACACAAUGGCUCCACUUUCUCCUCAGUGCACCUGAGUGCAUCAUUCAGACAUGGAAACACGCCCCCCGCCCAGUACUACAGCCUUUCCAGGAGGUUAUGCUACCUAGGUAGGAAAGAUUUCUCUAAACUGAAAGGCCUGUCUUAGCAGGUUGCCUUCCUGAAUAGUCUCUCUCUUCACAGAGCAGGCUCCCGAUUCUAGAGGGCCUACUUAGCAUCUCUUGCUCUGCCUUCCUCAAGUAAAGAGGUGCUGCACAGAGGCAGGACAGAACUUACAACUAUAAUUUCCCAGUCUCGCCAAGGAUGUAUCUGUGCACUUCAGAUGUCCGUUCUGAUCACUCACUCAGCAGGGUCCUUUGGGGAAAAGCCUACCCAACACUGCAGAAGGCAUCAGGUAUGUCUUUUGCCAUGGUAUUUAAAUGACAUAAUUUAAAUGACUGCCCAUUUCAUAAAAGUGAUUCUGAAACAAAACCACAAUCCAUGUUUUCUAAGGUUAAACCGGUAAACUCCAGUCACGAAAGAGAACACAGCUCACCUAACAACCUGGUCCAAAACCUAGGGAAACAGCCAGAGAUGCGUAUGCUUCUCCUACACUUCUGCUUUUUCUAAUCUGCCAAUAAAUCGUCUUCAAACUGAAUUAUGUCUCUGUACCAUAUAGGAAGAGGAAU